GAGCCGCCAUGGGGCUGCUGAGAGCCGGGCGCGACGCGGGGCCCGAGGCGGGGAGCGGGGACGUGCAGCACCUCAACCAGCUGAGCGCCGAGCAAUUCUCAGCACUGACUGAAGUGCUCUUUGGCUUUCUGACAGAACCCAAGGAGCAGGUAGAAAGGUUUCUGACUCAGCUCUCCGACUUUGCAACCAUGAAUAAAAUCAGCUUGGGCCCCCUGAAAAACAUUGUCAAAAGUAUUCUUCUGGUACCCAAUGGUGCCCUGAAGAGAAAUCUGUCUUCUGAACAAGUCAGAGCAGAUUUUGUUGCUCUAGGCCUCAGCGAAGAGAAAGCCAGUUAUUUUGCAGAGCAGUGGAAGCUGAAUGCCCCCACCCUGACACGCCUGGCUGUUGGUCAGACACUGAUGAUUAACCAGCUGAUAGACAUGGAGUGGAAGUUUGGUGUUACAGCCGGGAGCAGCGAACUUGAAAAAGUAGGAAGUAUCUUCUUACAGCUGAAGCUGGUGAUUAAAAAAGGGAGCCAAACAGAAAAUGUCUAUGUAGAGUUAACAUUGCCCCAGUUCUACAGUUUCCUGCAUGAAAUGGAAAGAGCCAAAACCACACUGGAAAGCUUUGGCUGAAGCUACAAGGACCUGACCUGUCAUCUGUGCAGGGUGUUUAGUUUCUCCUUGUGGACCUGCAGAUCUGCUCUGUUCCAGCUGGUAAGAAAAGAUGAGGCUGUGCAACCAACAGCUGUGCCAGAAGUCCUUCAAAAGCCAAAACUCGGGCAAAUGUUUUGAAGGCAUUAUGAGUCCACCUGGCCCUUUUUUAAUACUAUCAUGAGAAAUUGUCUGACGUGGAUACCUGUACUAAAAUGGCAAAGAAAUAAACCCAUCCCCAUCCUUC